AUGGCCGGCUACCCGCCGCCCGGCUCCGGCUACCCCUACGGCCCCGGCGCCGGAGGAGCCGGAGGCUACGGCGCCCCGCCGCCCUACGGCUCCUCCCCGGCCCCCUCCGCCCCGCCCUACGGCGAGAAGCCCCCCAAGGAAGGCAAGACAUCCUCCUCCUCCGCGCCACCCUACUACGGCGCCCCGCCCUCCUCCCAACCCUACAGCGCCGGCGGUGGAGGCUACGGCGCCCAGCAGUACGGCGCGCCCUACAGCGCCCCGCCACCCUCGUCCGCCCCUCCCUACGGCGCGCCGCCGCACUCGUCCGCUGCACGGGAGGUGGCGGCGGCGGCGCCUGGGAUCUCGGCGAGGACGGCGCCGCUCAGGGAGAUCAGCAAUGUCUGGCCGUGCUAG